CGUCAGUGUUUCUAUUUAUAUAUAUAUGUAUGUUUUAUCAAUUAUAUUCGUAUUGUUCUUGGUAUAAUAAUAGUACAAUAUAGAUUUAGUGAAUACAUUUUAGGAAAAGCGUUGUAAGCAUUUGCUUUUAAAAAGAAAGGCGAGGAAUAUUUGGGGAAUAGUUGAAAGCGAAUUCCAGAUUUUAAAAUUGGCUAAUUAAAGUCGGAACACCUUGAGAACGUGAUAUGUUAAAUUUCACGUGUUUGGUAAAAGGGUGUGAAUUCGCAGUACCUAAUGAAAGCGCUUGUUGAUAUAUCAAAGUUAGAACCGUGUAAUGAGUGUUUGUAGCAGAAUUAACACCUUGGCAUGGCUUGAGCACAAUCGUCAGAUUGUCAGUAUAUAUAAAGGUGUGUUCAAAUAUAUUGCAUGUAUGUUGUGUUCACUCUUGUUAUUAAAAAUGAAGAAAGUUGCAAUUUUCGGGGACAGUCACGUCUGGCGACUAGACGCAUUCUGCAAUGAGGACCUCAAGGUGCCUAUGGAGGUGCGUUUCUUUGGUGCGGGCGGGAUGAAAGCUUCCAAACCCAAACCAGGACUUUUGAAACAGGUGAAGAUGUACGGGGCGGACUUGGUGGUAGUGAGUUUGGGCGGCAAUGAUAUCACAACUACAUCCGUACCGAAGGACAUAGUGGCGGCCGUACUUCACAUUGCCCAGGACUUCCUUGACAGUGGUGUAUCUACCAUCCUGGUGUUGGAGAUUGGGGAGCGUGGAGCAUUCCGGGACGGGUUGGGGUACAGGUCUUUUGCAAGCCAGCGCGCACGAAUUAACCAGUUGCUGGGGAAGAGAGAGCUCGUUGAAGUUUUGCGGCUUCCCCACAUACGUUUUCCAGCCGAGUCCAUGCGAGACAAAGUACAUUUAAAUGAGAAGGGACUGAAAAAGUUGUUUUUAUAGAAUUAGGUCGGCAGUGUGCCGGUACAUGUAAUUGUGCUCGU